AUGUUGAUAUUAAUACUUUUUACAAUAUGUUAAUCAGUUAUAGUGACUUUGGAUAAAACUUGUUUAUGCACUGAAAUCUUUGUAGAAAGUGAUUGCAUAGCAUUUGGAUGUUAAUUCUAAUAAAAAUUAUGUACAAAUUUAGGGUGCACUGAAGUUAAAUCGAGAGUAGAAUGUGAUUCAAGAUUUGAUUGUUCUUUCGAUCACAAAUCUCAAACUUGUUCUGCUUUUUCAUAAUGCAAUGCAUAUUAUGUAGAUGUAGAGGAACAAUGUUACAAUAAAGGUAAUUAAGUAAUAGGAUGUGUAUCAAGUGGAAAAAAAACAGAAGGUUAUUAUCAAUGUACAAAUUAUCUGGCAAAACAAAAAGAAUACGUAAUUUGUUCUGAUUAACUUACUUCAGCAGCAUGCAAUGGUGUAUAAGUAGAUGGUUAUGAGUGUGUUUGGAAGAGCAUAAGUAAUUAAUGUAUAGCAUUCCAAUUAAAAAAUUGUGAUGAUGCAUCAGAUUUAAGUGAAUCCUUAUGUGAUAUAUCUAGUUGCAUAUGGUUAAAUAAUGAAUGUGAAGAGAAACAGUGUAAGGAUUUUACAUCUCAAAGUUCAUGUUAAUACAUUCCUCAUUUGGAUGGUAAUUCAUUCACUAUUUGUUCUUGGUCAACUAAUUCAUGUGUAGAAUUGAAUAGUGUUUCUUAUCUUUCAUAAAAUAAUUGUACUAAUGUCACCUUAGGAACACAUUUUUGGAAUAAUGUAAAAAAUAAAUGCAUUGAAUGUGAAGGAUUUGCACAAUUAUUUUUAUUGAAUUUAAUUUUGUUUAUCACAUCAUUCUGA